AGCCAGCGGGGGAGGCUGACAUCACCCCGGCAGCAGCCCUUUAAACCCCCCACUCAGCCAGCGCCCCAUCCUGUCUGUCCAAGUUCAGACACGGAGUGCUCCUUCCCUCCUGCGAGCCCGAGGAACCCCUCUCUCUCACAACAUGGCCAACAAGGGUCCUUCCUAUGGCAUGAGCCGCGAAGUACAAUCCAAAAUCGAGAAGAAGUACGACGAGGAGCUGGAGGAGAGGCUGGUGGAGUGGAUCAUAGUGCAGUGCGGCCCCGACGUGGGGCGCCCGGACCGCGGGCGCCUGGGCUUCCAGGUCUGGCUGAAGAACGGCGUGAUUCUGAGCAAGCUGGUGAACAGCCUGUAUCCUGACGGCUCCAAGCCAGUGAAGGUGCCCGACAACCCUCCUUCCAUGGUCUUCAAGCAGAUGGAGCAGGUGGCUCAGUUCCUGAAGGCAGCGGAGGACUACGGGGUCACCAAGACUGACAUGUUCCAGACUGUUGACCUCUUUGAAGGCAAAGACUUGGCAGCAGUGCAGAGGACCCUGAUGGCCCUGGGCAGCUUGGCGGUGACCAAGAAUGAUGGGCACUACCGUGGAGACCCCAACUGGUUCAUGAAGAAAGCCCAGGAGCAUAAGAGGGAAUUCACAGAGAGCCAACUGCAGGAGGGCAAGCAUGUCAUUGGCCUACAGAUGGGUAGCAACAGAGGGGCCUCGCAGGCUGGCAUGACGGGCUACGGACGACCUCGGCAGAUCAUCAGUUAGAGGGAGUGGGCCAGCCCCUGGCCCUGCCCUUCCCAGCUCGCCGGCCGCAGCCAUCCUUCCUAGCCCGCUCACCCACACCGUGUAGUUCCUUCAGCCCCGGCCAAGCUUCGAGGCUCCGUCACUGAGCAAAGGUGACCACACUUGGGCAGCUCUUCCCCACCCCUCAGCCUCCACCCAACUUCUUAUCCCAAAGCACUACUCCCCUAACCCUCCUCCCAGCUCCCCUACCAUCUCCCACCAUCUCCCGCCUCCUGCCACCCUGGGCUGGGCAAUGGAGGGGGGACAUGGGCCGGGGGCAGCUGGUAGGGGCAAGUCCACCAUCCUCCUUGGCCGCAGAUUCCCAUUGAAGGAAACCCAGCCCAAACUCUCGUGGUUUUUUUUUUUUGCUGGAAUAUUUUGGAGGUUGAAAUUCAAAAAAGAAACAAAUAUAUACAUCAAUCUUUUCUCAGGC